AUGAGCAUCAAUUUGCUUAAGGACCUCAGAAAUAUCGAUACAUAUGAAGAAGACGAUGACUGGACAUUUGGACAGAUCAUUUCUGUUGCCCUUUUUUCAUCUUCGCUGCUCCCUAUAUUCGAGUUGGCUUUCAAGACUUUCUUUGACGCUAAGCAUCCCUCGUUACAAAAAUAUUACUUCACCAACUAG